CUAUUCUUUUAAUUACUUGUACGGCGAACGCUGCCGACCAUAAGAAACCCAGUCCUACUAGUGGUAAUCCCCCGGCCGCUGCUUCUUCCGCACCGCAACCAAGCACUACGGUGACAAUCAAUGGCACGCAACAAGUAUUUCCUGCUCUCGAUCAAACACCCGAUACAAAUGAUCCUGAAUUCCAAACAUAUUUGAAGGGAUUAGAUUUAAGUCAAGUUCCAAACCUUCCACGUUCUAAUGGUGGUGUGAUCAAUCAUAAUCAACCCAGUUGCAAUGGUUCAACCCAAAUCGAUCAAAACCAGGGAUCUUGGACCUGUCAAAAGUAUACUGCUUCCGAUGAUAUUCAACAAUGUCCAACAGUAGGAAAUUGGGGGGUAACUUAUGAUGAUGGCCCAUCGGUGGCGACGCCGUUGAUAUUGGAUGAACUAGAUCAAUGCAAAUUGAAAGCCACGUUCUUUGUCGUUGGUAGCCGCGUAGUUUCUAAUCCUCAGAUUCUUUUAGACACUUGUAAAAGAGGUCACCAUAUCGCUGUGCAUACUUGGUCCCAUCCUGCUCUUACUUCUCUUUCCAACGAACAAGUUGUUGCUGAACUAUAUUGGACAAUUAAGGCUAUCAAAGAAGUUUGUGGCAUCACUCCUAUAUACUAUCGUCCUCCAUUUGGCGAUACUGACAAUCGCGUUCGUGCAAUUACACGUGCCAUGGCUGUUCUCUGGGUUCCGAACUUUGAUAGCAAUGAUUGGCAACUUACCUCCGUCCCACCUGCACCAAUCGACGUUGUAAUCAAUACUUUUCAUAAUUGGACGCAAAUAUUCCCGACUAUGUCUACAGGAUUUAUUGUUCUUCAACAUGAUCUUUAUAAUCAAACAGUAAAGGCUGCAAUUGAAGUCCUAAAAUUAGCUAUCAAUGUUAAAGAUUUAAAGAUGACUACGAUCCCUGAAUGUAUAGGAGAUACCAAACCUUACGUAGAACUUGGAG